AUGGCAGCGACAAUGGAAGUGAUGGACUCGCGCCUAAAGUCCGUCAAAACCGCCGUCAAAUCGACCACGACGUGUACGACGUCGACAUUAGCCUCUUUACAAUCGCUCCUCCAGUCAACGCCGCCAGCUUCCGAGAAGACCAAGGCAAAUAGAAGAACUCCCUCAUCGACAUCCACUAAGACAGUUACACGCACAAAAUCCACCCGGUCACGCAAUCCUCCAGCGUCAAGCAAAUCAUCGAAGCCUGCGACCGUUAUUCAAGACGAAGAAGCGCUUUCUUUACAACAGAGACUGGUUCUGGCGACCGAAGUCUUUAAUACAGCCUCCAAAGCAUUAUCAGAUGCCUUACAACGGAAUGCGACCCUGAAAGCUCCGCUGCAGCCCACCUCCCCCAAUCGAUCCCUCUCCUCACCAAAGGACUUAUCACGAAAGCCGACGAAGCCGAUGACGACCGUGAAGGGAUCCUCGGAGGAUGGCUUAACCUCAACCGCUGAGUGUGCUGUCCUCGCUCUUAUGACACUGCGCAAUUUGAAACUCGAAAAUUCUUCCAAGAGCAACAAUUCAAAUCUACAGCUUGAACAAGGUGCAUGUAUUUUAGCAGGAAGGCUGAUUGCACUAGGGGCCCAUGAACUUGCUUAUAGGGAAUUGAGAGCCUUGAAGAAACGGUUGGAGGAGGAUAACUUGCGCUCAUCUACCAAAAAUUCGAGGGAUCAUUCCGCAUCAGAUAUGAAAGCAGGGUCUGGAAAAGAAACGACUGCUGAGCUACUAAAAUUUUCCAACGCCGAAUUUCCAGGACCAGUUCUGGCCUUGAUAGUUUCCUUUCAGUCUCACGUUUUGAAACUCAUUACUGCAGAAAGAAAGGUUCUGGCCAUCGAAAAGACAUGUAACGCUCUGUCUACGUCAAGUCCAAGCAGCCCUGCUAAUAUUAUCUUGCGUUCAUUUGAUGCCGGAAAUUUCACCAAAGAAAAGGCAGCGAUUCAGUUGCUAUCGACUUCUAACACCAUUCUAUCUUUAUCGACUAUGUUGCUGAAAUCGUCCGUCUCGCCGUCCGAUUCGACCCAGACUCGUAGCACACGACUUCAUUCAACUCUCAGACUACAGUUGGUGUCAAUGGAAUACCGUAUCAUGUCAUGGGAAUUGUCAGGCCAUUCAGGUGACUCAAAACGCGAGUUUCUGGAUCCCUUAUCGCGCUUUCUUGACGGGUUUGCCAGUUCGGACUUCAACAUCGAUUCCUCAGAAUUUGCAGAACUUAGCGCAACUGUGCAACGAUUGCAGUCUAUGAUCGCGAAAAGCGGAAUGAAAGGGGAUAUACACUCUUGGAAGAUUGCAUUCAACCUAGGGAAGAUAGCUCAAGAAGCUUCAUGCUUAAAGGAAGCCCUGACGUAUUUCUCAUCUGCGACUGAGAAAUUGACAGAGGAAGAUCCGAUGGCACAGAGUCUGAUUCGAUGUAGGAUCGCCAUUGUUUACUUACAUCUUUUUAAGAACAACAAAACCUAUCACUUGGUGAUUGAAUCACUUACAGCUGCAGCGCUGGGUAUGAAGUCGGCUAACAGAGGCAGCGCUAGCGAUCUGGAAGCGCUGCUCGUGGAAUCGGCUAGGUUGAAGAAAAUAGCUAUGGCGAAAAUUGGGGAACUACUUUCUUCAGAUGCUGAUUUCCCGAAGGCGAUGAUGAUGGCCACAAUUGAUUUUCUUCAUGCAUUUUUACGUUUCCUGAGACGAUAUAUUAAUCGCCCACAAUCAAAUCUCGCCGAAGGCGACACCGGUAUACAGAUGCAACCACUAAGCAAUGCAAAAAAUAUCGUCAUAGCUGCUGUCGAGUCGGCGAUUGUGUUAGGGAAAAUAUCGAUUGUGAAUCAAUUCCCAAUAUGGGGAGAUCUACAGCCGAUUUUUUCGGACUCAGCACGAUUACUGAACACCUUCGAGGUUUCCGGGUUAGAACAUACAGAAGACGGGCUUGAUUGGCGAGCUACAAGUGUUAAGCUCUCCAACCUCUUCUGGUCUCGUUAUCUCAAGAGAAAGGAGUCAGGGGAUACACAUGAACAGCUGAUUCCAUUAUUGGAACAGUCUGUCAACAUAUUGCAAGAUUGUCCUGUUCCACAGAAAAGCACAGGAUUUAGUGCUUUGAAGCUGGAGCGACUCGCGCAUCUUUACCUGGAUGCAAAGAUGGGAGCUAAAUCCCUUGUCUAUUUUGAAAAAUCCAUUCAAGAAUAUAUCGACGCCGGCGUACUUGAACAGCAAAUAGCAUACCUCUCAGGCAGACCACCUCAUGCUUGCUUGCAGGAUUCUAAUAGUCCAGGUUUUAAUCUCACCCGGGUUUUAUCGGCGUAUCUUAAAAUGCAGUUACGCAGACCGGCGAACGACAACAACAGCAAGUUUGAGGGCAAGUCAUUAGACGUUGAGGCUCGGGCCUUUCUUCUCGAGUGGCAGUUGGGUGUGCUUGCGGACUUUCAUAGCCAUGACGCGACUUGCGAGAAGUUCAAAAUUCUUUUUCAAGAACUGCUUUCGGAAAUGCUAUCGCUUUACUCCAGUGACGAAUAUUUGAUUUUCCGUUUACGUGUCGUGCGAUUAGUACUCCGCUUUGUACUCGACCACCCAGACUCAAUAGAAACUUCAGUUUCUGAGUCUCUAAUUCAAGAUGCUCAAUUGCAUCUAUCGAAUCUCUCCUCUAACACACAACAUGGGCCAUAUGCGCCAUUCAUCGCCAAUUCCCUGAAAUUGAUUCUUUUGUUUCAUGACGGUCAUGUGAACGAAGAGGACUUUCGUGAUACUAUUUCCUUCUGGGCUUCGAUAAUACAGGAAUGUACCAACUGGGAAUCCCUUGAAUCUAUCAUUGAUGAUAUCGAUAUUUUGCUUGCUCAAGCACAAGCAGCUUCGGACUUCGCCGAAGCGCGUGGCUACUGGACGCUACAAUUUGCGGCAUCCAAGGUUCUUCUGACUAUCUACGAAAUGCAAGAAAUUCGAGACGGCUCUUCUCUGGUUUUGGCCUCAUCAAGGUGUGCCUUGCAGUAUUGUCGACAUGGAGAUCACAGAGCAGCUCGUGAUCUUCUGGAACGCGUUAAACAGCGUGUGAAACUUGCCGAUGCAUCACGUUAUGCAGCCAUUACGUACCAAUUGGCAAUUGCGGAAAUAAAUACGGAAGUUAAUAACACUGAGAUGGCAGAAAAAGCACUUCAAGCAGCCCAAAAGCUCUAUCGCAGCAAAGAAGCUAAGGUGGAAGUGCAGAGUAGUCGCGGGCAGUCCAAAAUCGCAUGGGAGCGGCUGAUUGUUGAUGGCACGCUGCUCUACUCUCGCUUAGCUGAUCAGAGGAAGUGUCUGGGCGUGGCCUUAUAUUAUGCUAAAUUGUCUGUUCGACUAAGCACGCGUCUGUGGACCAAGCUGGAACAUUUAGCUGGUAGAAAGAAGGAUUCGGAAAAGUCAGGAGAUAUGUCAGAUGUGGAUCUUGUCAUAGAUGGGGUCGCGAAGAUUGAUCUCUCCACUACUGCCACCUCGACAACGGGGUCAUAUGCGCAAGGGGCGCUCUUUUGGAAGCAUGUCGUCUCUCAUAAUGCGUGCUUCUUGAACCUUAUGCGUCUUUCCUCCUAUAAUGGUCUGUUUCAGGACGCAAUUUACUACGGAGAACAAGCACUCAAGGUCAAUGAAACGCUCGGGACUUCAUUCCGCCUACUUACAUGUCAAGCUGAACUUGGCCUGGAAUGGGUAAGAGGGAAUCAUUUGAUGGAAGCUAGGACCGUUCUCGACGCUGCGACCAAAGUAUCAGAAGGGCUGAUCAAUACCGUGGAAACCGUUAGACUAAAGAUAAGUCUAGCAGCCUUGAGCUGCUCGCAAGGAAAACACAAAGAGGUCUUAUGUCUUCUGCGCGAGGCUGAGGCUAUGCUUAAUCGAAUCUUCGAGGGGCGACUUGAUUCUUCACUUGAUGUCAAAACGUCUCUCGCCGCCCUUGAAGAGAAGAUGGCGAGCAUGAAGAUACGUCAAGCCAGUGUUCGGAAAGAAGCCGAAAAAGUGGUUACUCUUCAGACCCGGAGAACGAGGGCGACGUCAAAAUCCAAGGUUGAGGAGAGUUCUACACGCAGAGUUCAAGUCAUACCGCGGUCUUAUGUCGUGUUAAGAAACGAGAUAAUAAAACAGCAAAUCCAUGCCUUGUUAGCCAUUAAAGACCUCGACGGAGCAUCACGUUUGCUAGAGACCGCUAGGGAUUAUUCAACUUCUACGGCAACACAGUUCUCAAUACAGAUCGAAGAAACGCAGCACUUACUUGCCGAUGCCAUGAAAAGUAUUGCUGCACAUGCAGUAUAUUGUGUUUUACCCGAAUCCACUCUGUCUAUGCCGUCAAUUGAAGCGAUGAUCUCAGCGACAACCACCCCAGUUGGUACAAGCAAGCCUCCAGUUAGAAGAAAAGGGAAGUCAACGACCAAGGAGUUGCGCGAACUUGCCGCAAAGGCUGCUAAGAAAGAGGUUGAUGUUGCUGGUAUCAUGUCCCGAGCGAGAGACGCAAUCAGCAACGCGGUCCGAGACGCUGUAACAACUGGGUCGACCGUAGAAAGCCAUAUCGCUUCAAGUCUCAUGGGACGCGUCUCAAUGCUUUCUCAUGCAACGACACCGGGCCUUGUCGAUGAAGAUAUUUUGGCCCCGGUCAAUGCAAAUGAGCUCGGCCGUAUUACUGCGUUUGAUCGUGAUCGCCUGUCAAUUUCCAUCGACAAGAGUCUGUCUGGACUUUCUGAUCCGAUGAGCUGGCCUGCGAAUGUGUUGUCUGACUUUGGCGAAAAGUCGGACAUUAUUGCGAACUUUACACAAGACUAUGUGGACAUUUUACCUAGUGGCUGGAAUGUUCUGUCUAUCUCGCUUAAUACUGACCGCACUGAGUUUAUUAUCUCUCGGAUUUCCCAUGGCAGGUCCCCAUUCCUUCUCCGUCUUCCACUGAAGCGAAGUGAGGAAGGCAAUUUCGAUGAAGAUGAUUUUACGUUUGACUGGGGAAAGAACGAAAUGAAGGAGAUCAUCCGCCUUGCGAACAAGAGUGCUCAUGACGCAAAGAGCCGUACGGAUAAGAAUUCGAAAAAGCAAUGGUGGGCUACGCGCGAAUCACUUGAUCGUCGACUGGAAACUCUAUUAGACAAUAUGGAGAAUAUAUGGCUCGGAGGGUUUCGUGGCAUUUUUGAUGCCGUCCCGCGAGACUCGACUGUAUUGACGCAGUUUGCUGGUUCAUUCGAGAAAGUCCUAAAUAAGCACCUACCAUCGCGACGGAGAUCCAAAGACAAAAAGGGACAGAUCAAAAUUCAUGAAAAUGUGCUUAGUCUGUUCAUUGGCCUCCGUGAUCUCGACAAACAAGAAAACCCUGAGGACUCAGUUUUAGACUUACUAUAUUUUGUUGUCGACAUUCUCCAAUUCAAAGGCGAGCGAAAUGCUUAUGACGAGAUUGACUUUGACAUGAUGGUCAUUGACACGCUGGACAUAUUGAACAGCUUUCACUGCAAUAGCUCAAGCGAGAAAGGGACGCUUGAUCACAUGAUCUUGAUCUUGGAUAAGUCGCUACAUUCUUUCCCAUGGGAAUCGUUACCAUGUUUACAUGGACGUCCUGUAUCUCGUAUGCCUUCCUUGGCGUGUUUGCGCGAGAGAAUCGUUCGCUUCAGGUCGCUAGAAGAUUCGUAUGAGAAUGUGUUUGAGGUCAAUCCUCACAAUGGUCACUUUAUCCUGAAUCCGAGCGGAGACCUGAAAACGACACAGAGCACAUUUGAAGAAGAAUUGGCUCAUCGAGAAGGCUGGUCGUCUGUCAUUGGGCGGAACCCUUCCGAAGAGGAGUUUAAGGCUGGGUUGGAGAACAAAGAUAUUUUUCUGUACUUUGGCCAUGGAAGCGGUGCACAAUACAUUCGAGGACGCACAAUCAAACGACUGGAUAAGUGCGCAGUGGCCUUUCUCAUGGGCUGUAGCAGUGGAUGCCUGACAGAAGCCGGCGAGUUGGAACCAUACGGUACACCGAUGAAUUACAUGCAAGCUGGAUCGCCCGCUCUUGUUGCUACGCUAUGGGAUGUGACAGAUAAGGAUAUUGACCGAUUCGCCAAAAGUACGUUUGAGCAAUGGGGUUUAUUACCAGGGGGUGAAGAUGGCACCGAUUUCAAGGGCAAAGCAGUACAGGGCAAGGAGACAUCGAAAGGGAGGGAAGCGAUGAACGCUGAGAUGAAUUAUGGACUAUCCAAUGGGCUUGAUGAAGCAGUUUCACGAUCGCGCAACUCUUGUCUGUUGAAGUAUUUGAAUGGAGCAGCGCCUGUGAUUUAUGGCAUUCCUGUAUACCUCAGCAAGUGA